GGAAACUCCACCUGGUUCAGCCUGCCUGCCUCCACUCCUGCCUCCACCAUGUCCAUCAGGGUGACCCAGAAGUCCUACAAGGUGUCCAUCUCUGAUCCCCUGGCCUUCAGCAGCCAUUCCUACACGAGUGGGCCUGAUGCCUGCAUCAGCUCCUCGAGCUUCUCCCGAGUGGGCAGCCGCAGCUUCAGGGGUGGCCUGGGCAGAGGCUAUGGUGGGGCCAGUGGCAUGGGAGGCAUCACUAUUGUCACUGUCAACCAGAGCCUGCUGAGCCCCCUUAACCUGGAGGUGGACCCCAGCAUCCAGGCAGUGCAUACCCAGAAGAAGGAACAGAUCAAGACCCUCAACAACAAGUUUGCCUCCUUCAUAGAUAAGGUAUGGUUCCUGGAGUAGCAGAACAAGAUGCUGGAGACCAAGUGGAGCCUCCUGCAGCAGCAGAAGACGGCUCAGAGCAACAUGGACAACAUGUUCCAGAGCUACAUCAACAACCUUAGGCAGCAGCUGGAGACUGUGGGCCAGGAGAAGCUGAAGCUGGAGGCGGAACUUGGUAACAUUCAGGGGCUGGUGGAGGACUUCAAGAACAAGUAUGAGGAUGAGAUCAAUAAGUGUAGAGAGACAGAGAAUGAAUUUGUCCUCAUCAAGAAGGAUGUGGAUGAAGCUUACAUGAACAAGGUAGAGCUGGAGUCUCGCCUGGAAGGGCUGACUGACGAAAUCAACUUCCUCAGGCAGCUGUAUGAAGAGGAUAUCCCAGAGCUGCAGUCCCAGAUCUCAGACACGUCUGUGGUGCUGUCCAUGGACGACAGCAGCUCCCUGGACAUGGACAGCAUCAUCGCUGAGGUCAAGGCGCAGUACGAGAUCACCAACCACAGCCGGUACCAGAUCAAGUAUGAGGAGCUGCAGAUGCUGGAUGACCUGAGGCAUACAAAAGCUGAGAUCUCCGAGAUGAACAGGAACAUCAGCCAGCUCCAGGCUGAGACUGAGAGUCUCAAAGGCCAGAGGGGUUCCCUGGAGGCCGUCAUUGCAGAUGCCGAGCAGCGCGGGGAGUUGGCCAUUAAGGAUGCCAAUGCCAAGCUGUCCCAGCUGUAGGCCGCACUGCAGCGGGCCAAGCAGGACAUGGUGCGGCAGCUGCGUGAGUACCAGGAGCUGAUGAAUGCCAAGCUGGCCCUGGACCUCGAGAUCGCCACCUACAGGAAGCUGCUGGAGGGCGAGGAGAGCCGGCUGGAGUCUGGGAUGCGGAACAUGAGCAUCCAUACAAAGACCACCAACAGCUAUGCAGGUGGUCUGAGUUCGGCCUAUGGGUGUCUCACAAGUCCCGUCCUUAACUAUGACCUGGGCUCCAGCUUUGGCUCUGGCACAGGCUCUAGCUCCUUCAGCUGCACCAGCUACACCAGGGCCGUGGUUGUGAAGAAGAUCGAGACCUGUGAUGGGAAGCUGAUGUCCAAGUCCUCUGACGUCCUGUCCAAGUGA